UUCACCCUGGACGUCUUUUUGCUGAAACUUUUGAUAUACAGCGCCCACGCCGGACGAUCCGCCACCUAAUUAUGAUGUGAGGGACCGCUUGGUCUAUAGGAAACUAGUUUGGCCCACCCAGACGUUUGAGCCGGACGAUCUGCAGCCUCGGAACGAUUGGUUAGCAGCUUGGGCAGUAUUAUGUAUAUGUGGGAGAUAUCGUGGAUGUCCUCAAGCUGCCACCUGAUAUCAUGGAAGUGGACCACGAUCCCUCAACGUAUGGGAGCAUCGUCGACGGAGCCUGCAAGUCCAUCAACCGAGCAGCCGAUCACCUUGAGCAACCUGAGAUCAUGGACUUAAUGGCACACGAUUGGUGUUGUGCGGCUAGCAGCUUGGGCAGUAUUAUGUAUAUGUGGGAGACAUCGUGGAUGUCCUCAAGGUGCCACCUGAUAUCAUGGAAGUGGACCACGAUUCCUCAACGUAUGGGAGCAUCGUCGACGGAGCCUGCAAGUCCAUCAACCGAGCAGCCGAUCACCUUGAGCAACCUGAGAUCAUGGACUUAAUGGCACACGAUUGGUGUUGUGCGGCUAGCAGCUUGGGCAGUAUUAUGUAUAUGUGGGAGACAUCGUGGAUGUCCUCAAGCUGCCACCUGAUAUCAUGGAAGUGGACUAUGCCAUACCCCAGCCAACAACCGAGCAGCCGAUCACCUUGAGGAACCUGAGAUCAUGGACUUAAUGGCACACGACUGGUGUAGUGCGGCUAGCAGCUUGGGCAGUAUUAUGUAUAUGUGGGAGACAUCGUGGAUGUCCUCAAGCUGCCACCUGAUAUCAUGGAAGUGGACUAUGCCAUACCCCAGCCAACAACCGAGCAGCCGAUCACCUUGUGUUACCUGAGAUCAUGGACUUAAUGGGAAUGAUAAGUCAAGAAAUCGGGCACCAACUUUGCUGGGACGGAUGC